AUGGCACCCAAGGCUGAUAACAAGAAAGCCGCAAAGCCCAGCGCCAAAGCUGGUGCCGCUGCGAAGGCGGUGCUUAAGGGUGUUCACUCGCACAAAGUCCGUAAGAUCCGGACAUCAACAACCUUCCACCGGCCAAAAACCCUCCAGCUCUCGCGGGCGCCCAAGUACCCGCGCAAGUCCAUUCCUCAUGAAACCCGCCUCGACCACCACAAAAUUAUCGUCCAUCCCUUGAACACUGAAAGCGCCAUGAAGAAAAUCGAGGAAAAUAACACGCUUGUCUUCAUCGUUGAUGUUAAAGCCAACAAGAGACAAAUAAAGCAGGCUCUGAAGACCCUUUACGAUGUCGACACUGUUAAGAUUAACACCCUCAUCAGGUAUGUAGAGCCUGCGGCCCUAUUUUUGAUCUGCUUGGGAGGGUGGGAUGAAAAACGGGUUGGCUAA